AUGGUGAUGAGGGCCUUCGUCCUGCUGGCCAUCUUUGCAGAAGCCUCUGCGAAAUCGUGCACGCCAAACAAAGCAGAUGUCAUCCUUGUGUUUUGUUAUCCCAAAACCAUCAUCACCAAAAUCCCCGAGUGUCCCUAUGGAUGGGAAGUGCAUCAGCUGGCUCUUGGAGGGCUGUGUUACAAUGGGGUCCACGAAGGAGGUUACUACCAAUUUGUAAUUCCAGACUUAUCACCUAAAAACAAGUCCUACUGUGGAACCCAGUCGGAGUACAAGCCACCCAUCUACCACUUCUACAGCCACAUUGUUUCCAAUGACAGCACGGUGAUCGUAAAAAACCAGCCUGUCAACUACUCCUUCUCCUGCACCUACCACUCCACCUACCUGGUGAACCAGGCCGCCUUUGACCAGAGAGUGGCCACUGUUCACGUGAAGAACGGGAGCAUGGGCACAUUCGAAAGCCAAUUGUCUCUCAACUUCUACACUAAUGCCAAGUUCUCCACCAAGAAAGAAGCCCCCUUCGUCCUGGAAACAUCCGAAAUCGGUUCAGAUCUGUUUGCAGGAGUAGAAGCCAAAGGGUUAAGCAUCAGGUUUAAAGUGGUCUUGAACAGCUGUUGGGCCACACCGUCUGCUGACUUCAUGUAUCCCUUGCAGUGGCAGCUCAUCAACAAGGGGCACAGCCAGUUUGAGCAUUUUGACCGAAUUGCCAAACCAGCUGUGCCUGUAGGCACAACCUUCACCUGCUCCUCGAGUGCUCCGGCUGGGGGUGGGGAGAAGCGCGAGCCAAACCAAGGAGCCCAGUAUGACCUGAAGGACGGCGUGACAUGUGGGAAGGCCGGAGGCUGUAGCAGCCAGACAGCAAAGUACAGCAGGGGAUUUUCGAGUCUCUAUAGCUUCUCAGGUGUUCUCCACCACCUCCUCGUGAUGCUGGGGAUUUGCGCCGUGCUAUAG